CUUUAACUAUUUCAGUUGUGUUUUUAGGGAAACGUGUGUUUCUGAGUUCUUUGUUUACUGGAUAUUCGGAAGUCACACGAAUCCAUUGAUCAAUGCCGUCCAAUUUUUUGUUCUUGCACCCUUAAUAAAUGCUGAACUAGUAGCAUUUAUUCUCCCCUGCCUGUUUCUUGUGUUUACUUUAGCCUCCCCUGCCUCCAUUUCACUCCCCUGCUCCAUUUCACUCCCCAGCACUCAACAUCUUUCUCACCUUCUUAGAGAGCUUGAAGAGCCAGAGAAUGAGCCAGAGGAAGGAACUUGGAGAUGGGUUUGAUCCAAGAAAGCCUCACUUCUUCAAGGUGAUUGUUGCAGACACUCUCCGAGACAAGAAGCUGAUGCUGCCUUCAAAGUUUGUGAGGGAACAUGGGGGACCUUUGUCGAGCCCUGUCUCCAUCGAGGUCCCGAGUGGGAUGACGUGGCAGAUCCAGAUGGUCAAAGCAAGGACCCCAAAUGCUGACAAUGGCGGGACCAAGAACGUGUACUUGGUCAACGAGACAUGGCAGGAAUUUGCACGACAUCACUUCCUCAAACACGGACACUUUCUGGUUUUCCAGUACGAGGGCGGAUCUCGAUUCUCUGUCGUGAUCUUCGACGGCACAAAUGGCAUGGAGAUCGAGUACCCUGUAGUUAGCAGCAGCAGCAGCAGCGAGUUCACCUCUGUGUACCCUUUCUUCGAAGUUGUUGUCACCGAGCCUCAUUUGACCAAAUGCAACAUGAGGGUGCCAAAGAGCUUUGCAGACAAGUACUUGGAGAAAACCCAGAUGGUUAAGCUUCAAGUUGGGGAUAGGAAGUGGAUGGUGACUGCUAGCAGAACGAAAGGACGAUGGGAAGCAGUGCGGCUGAGUGCGGGUUUAACAGUCUUUGCCAAGGAGAACUCCCUUGAAGCUGGAGACGUUUGUUGCUUUGAGCUGGUUGGUAGAGAGGAUGGCGACCAACUUUACAAGGUCACUAUAACAAAGGGGAAUUAGCGACGAGGUCUGGUAGUGUUGUGUUGAAUUAAUGUGUCUUUUUAGU